GCUUCAAAAUGGCGACCAAAACAAACAGGCUUUUGCGUGUAUGUUGCCUCCUGGUGCUGUUUCUAGCGCAGUCGAAGUCAUUCCUUGAUUUUGAGGAAUUAAAAUCUACUCAUUAUGGUAUAGAUAUUGUCAACGAACCCGUGAAAAUGGGACAGGAAGUACCUGGCAGCGUUGUCCAGCUAAGUUCGAAGUUCGGCCAGGCGUACCAGUGCAGCUUCCCCAACCAGGUGGAGCAGGAGAAACAGAAGGAAGAGGAGGAGAAGCUGGCCCUGGAGACGGGGAUACUGCAGCUGCUGAAGCCCUUCUCCACACAGGGCUGUCUGUUUAAGACAAAAGAUUGGUGGAGUUAUGAGUUUUGCUAUGGAAAAUAUAUACGCCAAAUGCACAUAGAGGAUGGGAAUGUCAAAGGAGAAGUCAUUUAUCUUGGCCAUUAUGAAUCAGAUUUUGAUUGGGACAAUGACACUUUAAAGGACCAGCGCCUCAGGAGCAGGACUAUCCAUAGCAAGUACCACAGUCAGAACUAUACUAAUGGCACCAAGUGUGAUCUCACGGAGGCAGGCCGCAGAGCCGAAGUCAGGUUUUUCUGUGAGGAAGGAACAAGCGACUACAUUGCCCGUAUAGAUGAGCCGGAGACAUGUGUAUACAUCGUCACCAUAUACACGUCUCACAUCUGCAACCACCCCUACCUCAAGCCCCCCACCCCCAAGAAUCCAGUCCCUAUCACCUGUAAUCCUGUGGUAUCCGAGGAACAGUAUCGGGAAUAUCUCGCAGACGCAGAAGCUGAAAAGGAGAAGAAGCAGUUGGCGCAGAUGGCAAGGGAAGCUGAAGCUGCGACAGCAGCAGCAGCAGCCAGAGCUGUUGCUGACAGUGUAGAUGAUAAAACGGAACUGGAGCCAACAGAAACUGCCACGUCUAUAGAAACAGGCAUAGAAGCACCACCAUCAGACCCGGCCGAGCCUGUCAUCGACGAGGAGACCACGGAUAUGGACAGUAUAUUUGGACCCUCUGUGGAGUCGCUCAUGAAGAAAACACUCAGCAAUGAAAUGAAAAAUUUAGCAGGCCAGUCAACAGAUAAACCUAUUGAUGUCAAGCUGUCAUUCAAAGUUGUAAGAAAUCCAAAAGAUAUCGACAACUUCAUCAAGGAUACUUUUGGACAGGAAGGUGACGAAGGAGCAAUGGAUUCUGGGCCGGCCAGUGAAGCAGCAACCCCAAGAGAUGGACCCUCAGAUCUGGAUUUGGAUCCAGAUCAUGGCGUUGAGGAAGAUUUAAAACAUGAAACCCAUCCUGUUGAGGAUGGUCCACCUGAAGAUGUGGCUGAAGACGAAGAUGUCACUGUGGAUGCAGAGGAAGAAGAACUUAUGGAUGAAUUUGAUAAAGAACUUGGUAAUUUGAAGACAGCUUAUAGAAACAAGAGGAACAAGUUUGCCAACAUGAAAAACAAAGUGCGGGACUCCGUGAAGCUGCAGUUUGAUGAAAUAAUUGAUGAGGCCGAGGAGAUGUAUGGUGAGGAGAUUGACAAGAAGCUGGCCUUCAAGCAGCUCGCCGGGACACUGGACAAACUCAUCACCAAGCUGGAGCACACGGAAAAGGAAAUUGACAAUGUCGACAGAGAACUAGAGCAAUUCAAUAAGAAAACGAUGACCAGUAAAAGCGGAGGGACUCCCAACAUACAAAAACCAAAAGGUCCGGGCAGCCUGACCCCGACAACAAGCAAAGACACUCCCGGCACAAAGGGGGAUGUAGCAGAUGAUGACCGGGUGAAGGUGCGGGUGACCAGAGUCAAGGCCGGUGAUACAGUCAAGGAUGGAACUGAUGUGCCAGAUGAGCAGAAACAGCAGUUGGAGCAGACGGUCAAAGAUGAACUCAUUAAAGCUGGCUUGGACACCGGAGGUGGGAAGAUUCAAGUAAAGAUCAUAACAACUGGUUACUAUGACAACGAAGAUGAUUCCAUUCACAUACUGUCACAGGAAGACACGUCUAAUUUCCAGAAUAUGAUUGUGGCAAUUUUGGGUGGAACAAAUGAAGCCUCCAAAGAAGCAGCAAGACAGCAACAACUAGAAGACAACUACAAUAAUGUUUGGGGACAAGGUAAAAGUAAAAAAUCAAAAAGUAGUAUUAUUGACAAAGGGCAAUAGUAUCAUAGUAACCUGAAAGAUUUCUAUAUUUUCUAUGUAGAGGUAGUUUCCUGGUAUUUGGAUGUUUGGUGCAGGUGGUUGUGGAAUACUUGCAUGAUAUUACACCACAUGACCAAGUGGUAUUCCAUGCUGUCACUUAUUGUUUCCUGAUCUGACAAAUUAAUGAAUAUCAAUGAAAAUGGGUAAAUUAUUGGUUCAUAAAAUAUCUUAAAGAUUUUUUGUUUGUGAUGAAUAAGAUGUAUUUCUCAUUUUGUUCUGCAGUCAGUAUUAGUAUUUUCAUUCAAACAUUUAUUUAUGAAAAUAAACUUUUUGCUGAAUAUUUUGGAUUUUAGAAGUGCUAAGAACUGAGUGACAAUAUUUUGCAAAACCAGUGCAGUUAUUCCAAUCUUAAUUCUGUGACCAGUUCAGUUUCAGAAUUUUGCAAAUUUCAGCUGGCCACAGUUUAGGCUAGUUGGUCAAACAUUGUUGACUUUUUCACAGAGUGACAGCUUAAGAUACAAAAAGUUGGAAUCUUGUACAUAAAAUUGGAAUCCAGUGCAAAAAGUUGGAAUCCAGUGCAAACAUGAAAUUUGAGUUAAAACAUUUCCUUGACAGUGCUUGAAAAUGAAAAAAACAAAUUAGGCGCAUGCAGUUCAUGAGAAACAGGACAUUUAUUUUAGCAAGGCUUAUCUGAUUCAAAGAGUACCAUUCCAGCAUAUUCUCUUGAAUAUUAGCUGAUAUAAAGGGAUGGUAGCACCUAGGAGCGUCUGUGUCAGAUUAUACAGUUUCUGUGUCUUUUUUAUGUGUUUGCUGUUAAAUGAAAUGUGUGCAUAAUGAUUAUCAUGAAGUCUAUUGUGGACAUGUUUGAAGGAUGUAAUAUUGUGUGUAUGAAUUAAUCAAAGCUUGGAGGUAAUCCAAAGACAAAUAGAAUUAGCCAACUAGUGGUUGUGUAACCAAGGCAGGUAUGUCGUUAUCUUGCAAACCAUAUUGAUAUUGAUAAGGUUGAGAACUCAACUUAAACACCUUUGUUGACCUUGAAUAGCUGCAAGAUUACUGAUGCAGUGUGAAACAAUAAUCACUCACUUAAACUCCUCGUGUUGGGAUUUGGAUUGAUCUGGGUUGGACCCACCAUGAUAUUGCUGGAAUAAUGCUAAAAGCGGCGUAAAACCGCAUACUCACUCACUCGCUCACUGGGUUGGAAGUGGUCUUCAGCAUCCCAUGCUUGUCGUAAGAGGCGACUAACUGGAUCGGGCGGUACACUAGUCAUGCCGUAGUUUGAAAGCAGGGUCUGGAUUGCAAUAUUGUUUGUGAUGACCAAGGUGAUAGCCAUAGAUCAUGAAGUCGUAGUCAUCAUGGCAGGUAACCACAUGACACGGGGUGCUGCCUAGUCGUGGUCUACACUGAUGCAAUACCACACUGCAUGUUUAUCUGACGACCCCUCUGUAUAUUGUGUGAGGUGAAGCUUAACCGAUCUUUAACUGCCAAAUCUAAAUGAAAUGGGUGUUUUUUACACAAUCAGAUGGGGUUUGGCCUCAUUUAGAACUGCCUAGAUUCAGGAAUUUCUAUUUCAUCAAAAGAAAACCCACACAGAACACAAUUAUAUUCCUCUAUGGUCCUUACUUUCUGAUGUAUACAUUAUCCAUUACUGUAUAAUCCCAAUGCCUUCGUUAUUGACAUUCAGAACUUGACAAUUAAGUUCAUUUAAGAAAUAUUUGGAAAACUUGACACUGAGUAACUGAUUAGGAAGUUCACCUUAUCCAACGUGCUGUGGAGGGAUAUCAGAUCUUCAUACAGAGAGGUAUCGUAUCAGAGUUAGAUAUCUGAUUUUAGCUUGAUUGUCUCUUGUCAGUCUUCUGUAGGAUGUAUCCUUGCCGUAUCUUAACCCAUAUGACAUCUAAUUCCUUAUCAAGGACUUGCCAUAAAAAACUGGCUUUGGUGUUGUCAAUACAAUCAGAUUCAUCACAAAGUAGUGAUACAUGUAAUUUUUGUAAUAUUUUCAUAAAAUCAUUUUGUAUAUUUUGAGGGUUUUGUAUAUUGUGCAGUGUUUAAUUGUCAAGGGGGUCCCUAGAUUCUGAUGCUUUAUACGAGCAAACCUUCAGACUCCAGGACUAUCCAGUGACUGACAUCAUUUGAAUUGCAUAGAUCAAUGCUCAUGAUGUCAAUCACUGGAUUGUCUGGUCGAGACUUGAAUAUUUACAUACCACCGUAAUAUAGCUGGAAUAUUGCUGAGUGAGGCACUAAACAACAAACAAACAAACAAACAAUUAAACAACCCUUGCACCCACCUUCCUUUUGAACAUUGUUCUUUGAUGCACAUAGGUUCUAGUCAGAUAAUUUCAGUUGUUAAUGUGUACAUAGCUUGUUAUUGGUGUACUAAGUUAAGUAUAUGUGUGUUUAAUGUAUGUAGUUUGUUGGCUUGCUAAUUUAUUUUUAGGACAUUGGUGUUUCUGAUGAAGGAGUUUACAAUAUCAAUAUUAAUCUUUAGAUGUGGCACCAUAACACACCCUCUGGUUUCUCUGAAGUAAUGGGGGAAAUAUUGUGAAAAUUACAAGUCAGAAUUUAGUCCAAUACAGGCAAAAUUAUUUUGAGUUUACAAAGUGUUUUAAAAAAUGUCAUCUUUAAAACUUAUGAUUGUCAAUUUGGCAUAGAUAUUUCGCCGAAUUGUUCAGUCGCCAUCUCAUCAUGAAAUUUCUUGCAUAUAUAAAUCUAGAGUUGUAGCCUUAAUCUUUGAUAUUCAGAUUUUGCCCCAAAUAUCGACCUUUCUCUUACGAGAAAAAAAGAAAGAAAAGCUUGCAGCAGACAAUGGUUCUAAAGUCAUCCAUUUCGUUUAAUUUUUCUUCUCCCCCCCCACCUGCUGCAGGUAAUAUUUGUACAAACAUUCCAUGAUCAAGUUUUUAUUUUUUUCCCCCUCCUCUCCAUUUUUCUUGAAUGAUAAUUAUUGUGAACAAGGUGCUGCUGACUUGUGAUUCACAACAUGGUGUUAGAACUUACAAGAUACAAUCAAACAAAUGUUUUUUUAACUGAAAUAAUCAUUGAACUUACAAGACACGAUGAUAUGACUAUAUACCAAAUGUUUUUUAAGCUGACAAGACACAAAUGACUGAAAAAUAUCUUUUUCUUGAAUUAUGAGAUACAGUCAAACUGCUUGGUAAUAAAUGUGCUUUUAGAACUAACAAGACAUAAUCAAAACUUCAGCUUGAAUAACCAAACGGUGUUUAUGAAUUACACGCCACACUCAAACUACUGAAUAAUGAAAUGUUUUUAGAAGGCACUGAUAAACAGAAACACAUUCACUUUUUGACAAACUUUGUGAUUCUUAGACUCCGGUUUCAUGUCAAAAUAAUUAAUUUUAUCUUUGUUUGUGGUCCAGAUGGAGAACUAGAGUAUUAUAAAUACUGUGUUAUUUGUUCCCAAAUGUGAAUUCUAAUAAUGUGACUUUUAUGUCCGUAUCAUAUAAAACCUGAUAUAGACCCCAUCUUGUAUAUAAAGAAACUCGCCAGUAGAAAUUGAAGAUAAUUUGCCCAAAAUAUUGUUAGAGAAUAUUUUUUUAGUUGUAUGAUAACUGUUAUGUUUUUGUUGUAACUUUCCAACAAAGCGUGUGGAGCACAUCCCCUGCAUCUCUUUCCCCCCCCCCCCCCCCCCCACACUGGAUUUCUACACUUGUCUUUUGAAGAUUUUGAGAACUCAUUUUGCUUUGACCUCCUAAUGUAGUUUUUAUGUGUGUGGAAUAUUACUCUAUUUUUUUAUAAGAUAAGAGUAACAUACCAAGUUUUAUAUAGUGAAGCAUGUCAUUUUAUGUUCAAGCGUGUGCAAAGUCAUACGGGCAGUAAAAUGCAUUGAUGCAUAUGAAACUAAUGUUAUUCAGUGUGGGAAUGCCAAAAAAUAUAUUUGCUUCUAAGGACACAAUUUAUGAUUCUAAUACAAAUCAAAAGUAAUACAUUGCCAGUUUUUAGACUCUAUCUUUUUUAGUUAGAUCUCCAGUCACCCAUUUUGAUGUUAAGAGAUGGCUUUGAACAAGAUGAGGCAAGUCAGGAGAUUGUUUGUAUUGUAACAUAGUUUAUGAUGCCCAGUGUUGGGAUACUGCAGACAGUGGUUAUACUUGGUGUAUCAAGUGUGACGACUUUGUUGUUCAGUUAAUUUAUUGGAAUAAACAUGUUGGUUACAA